AUGGUGUGCGUGUCAGGGAAAAGAAGCAAUAAUCCAUCCUUAUUGAUCUCAAAUGGUCUAUUGAAUUUGUUUCCAUCGACCACGCGCAACCGCUUCAUGGUCAUCGGUUGCAACACCAUGGGUAUCAUUGGUGGCUACCUGCACAGCAACCCAGACCUGUACGUGGCCGGCUGCUACUCCUACUGCCAGGGCAUCAACAGCACGUCCAACGGUGCGCCGUGCACUAGGAAGGGCUGCUGCGAAACCACCAUCACCCCAAACCUCACCAACUUUGCGGCGCUCUUGAUCAUCAACCAGAGCAGUGUAUGGACAUUCAACACAUGCUUCUACGCUAUGCUUGCAGAGGUUGGAUGGUACAGCUUCAGUCAACAGGACCUUGUCGGGCGUCUUGGGUUCAUCAACAAGAGAGCCAAGAGAGGUGUCCCUGUUAUUUCUGACUGGGCCAUCAGAAAUGGCUCCUGCCCAAAGGAUGGAGCAACGGUGCCAAUGGGUUAUGCAUGUGUCAGUUCAAACAGCUAUUGUGUGGGUGCAACCAAUGGCCCAGGCUACAUGUGCAACAUCAAUCUCUAAAUUUGACAAUUGGACAACAUCAGCAGGAGGACAGCAACAACAUCAUUUUCUCAUGCAUUACAGGUUUCCCAAUUGAUCAUUACACUCCAGUAAUUUCUUCUGAUGCCAAUUGUGAGGGUGAUGAUCUUGUCUGAUUGCUAUAGUUAUUGAUCUUAACAAAUUCUUCCUGAUUGAAUGUCUCCUGAUCAAUUUUACA